GAUCCUGGCUGUGAUCGAUGACGGCGGCUAGGGUUGCCCCCCAUGCGGCUACGUGGCGGAUCAGGAAGCUUGUGUCUGGGUAGCUUGAGUUGUGGCGCAAUUGACCGGCUCCGGGAUGUAAUAUUGGUCAUCGGAUGCCGAGCGCGGCUAGUAGUAGUUCACUACUCUUGCUCCGUCCUAUGCGACUACGCAUUGCCCACAGGGCUAUUUUGGCUGGCUAGUUUACAUUAAUGAAUUCAUUAUGACGUACUCACGAGGAGUAACGCCACCGCCGCCCUGCUACGUGGCCAAGAGAGAGAAGAGAGUGAAAGGGGAGAGCUCUUUAUUGUCUUUAGGAAGCGGCCCAAGCCUGCGCGGACACGGAGUCUCGGGCGCAGUUGUGUUAGGCCUGGCGCUGAAGUUAAGCCGUCGAUGCUUCCCUGAGUCUCCCCCUAAAUUGGGGGAAGAGCUCCGGUUAAAUAGUCGGAAGUUGAUAUACUGAUUCAGAGAUCCCGGCCUUUGCUUUGGCGGGAUCACCGCGCGAGCUGGCGCGCAGACGGAUCGCCCUCGGGGGCUCCCGUCCGAGUGGUGGUGUCACCACAGAUCUAAAUGAUUUAGAGCUAGUAUAGCUAUCAACAUGUCUGUUCUCAUAAUUUUAUCUUAAUAAUGUAUUAAAAAUAAAAAGA